AUUCCAAAUUUCGUUCAUUUUAUGGAGACAGGAGUAACAUUUGCACCGCCCAAAAAAAUUGGAUGUGUCAAUUGGCGAAAUAACGCUGAGCGGUUUUUUUAAAUGGAUCUUGGUUAUGGAGGAGAACGACUCGAUCUCUUCGAAUUCCGAAAUAUCGCCGAAAUCGAGUCAGUCAUCAAACAGCUGAUACUUUCAUUGUUAAUUGCCGAAAAGAAGUAUGAAUACGAGCACCUGGAUCUCCACGUUAAGAAUAUACUCGUCAAAAGAGAAUCUGGAUCACUGGAAUAUAGAUUAAAUAAUUCAAGAAUCCAGCUACCAAAUGAAAAUGUAAAAGUAUCAAUCAUAGAUUUCAACCAAAGCCGGAUGAAAAUCGGUUAG